UAGGGGAGCCCAAGCGGGGAUUUUUGAAGUGACUCGAGCGUGUCAGAAAAUUAUAUAGGGAGAAUCCUUGCAUCCUUUAAUGUACCUCUACCAAGUAUGAACCCUCCAUAUGGUGGGGUGUGUUGAGGGGAACCCGACUGAUUGGUAAAAAAAAAUCGAUCCAUAGAAAAACUCGAGCGUGUCAGAUUAAGAAAAAGUUGAUUAAUUACAUUGAGAAGAUUGUAUAUCUCAAUAAUCUGACAAUUUGAGUGUGACAUUAAGAAACAAGCGAGUUUCGAAGUUGUAAAAAAAAAACGUCACCUUGAAAUAUUCGAGCGCAUUUCAAUUUUUUUUUAUUUUGAAGGAAACACUAUUAGAAUUACAAAGAACUAAUAAUCUGACAGUUUUCAUGGGGCGAUGUUAGUAGAAUCGUGGAGCAAAGGUGAAGCGUACAGCGGCUGAGAGCUGUGUAUUCCCCACUCCGCGUCUCACUUUUUUUCUCGCUCUUUCUCUAUCUCUCACUCUCUCGCACCGUCCCUAAACUAACGUUUGCCGCCAUGAUGGCAUCUCAGCUGAUCACAAUAGCGUGCUCGUUUUUGGUAGACGCUCGACGUUUUCGUUUGUUUGUGGUGUUUUGUAAUUGUUUUGUGAAUUUAAUGCGAUUAGUUUUACAUUCAUUACAAUAAUGAGUAACGUAAGUGUGAAAUGUGUUUUUUGUGCAAAAGAAACUUGUGAAAAAAUUAAAAAGUUUACUCCAGAAACUUUAAAAAAGUGUAUAACUAUUUUGGAGUAUCGCAAAGCGAAGCCUGUUGUCAGAAGAUCGAGCAACACUUAUGCUACUGUUGAACUUUCGGAAGAAACAUCAUUGAACGAUGGCUAUCAUGCCCAGUGCUAUAAACUUUUCACAGCAAUCAAAAUACCAUCAGAUUUUCGAAGCCAAAAUCAAAUUACUCCAGAAAGUGAACAAGCACGUGUUGAUGCACCAGAACAUGCUGGAGAGAGUCUCGAUGUGUAUACUCCCAGCAUAAUACCUGUUGUUGAUACAAUAGACGAGUGAGUGUCAAUGUAUUAUAUUAUUUAUUAUCUAUCGUAUUUCACAGUGUUAAAAUGAAAAAAAAUAGAACUAAUCGGUUGCAAUGUUAUUAAUGUAUAAUUUAACGUGGGAAAUAAUGAUCCGAUACAAAAAUUCAUUAAAUAAAAGUUACCAGAAAAUUAAAAUUUGUGACCAAAAUGUAUGUUAUAAUUUUCGAGAAUUUUUUAUUUUUUCUUCGUAAUUUCAAAAUUCAUAUUUAUAAUUAAUAAUUACAACUGUUCGUUCAUGAAAAAAAAUGUAUUUUGUCAUUCUGGUUUUUUUGUUGCUUGUAAUAUGAAAAUUCUCACAGUAAUUUUUUUUGAAAAUUAAAAUUUUGACGACUUUCAUUCAAAAAUUUAUUUCAUUUAUGCAUAAUGUCACCAUAAUAUUAAAUAUUUGACAUCUUCAUUUAUAUUCAUUUUAAAAGUCUUCGAAAUUUAAGAUUUCUAAUUAUUGAAUAACAAUAAAAUGAUAGUGCUAAUUAUGGGUCAAACAUUUUCAGAGCGGGUCCAUCAACCAACCUUGAGCCUCACUCGGAUGAUUGUGAUGAUCCAUCAGAUGCAGAUGAACAGGUCAUCCAAUCAGAUUUGCUGCUAAGGGAGUGUUUCAUUUGCAAAAAAUCGCGAAAACGCCGUCAUGGCCGCGAUGUGCCAUUAGCAGUAAAUAAAUUACGGACAAUUGAAUUAUUAAAAAGUGCAGCUACAGAACACAAUGACAUUGAGAUGUUGGAGAAAAUCAGUUCUUUUGCGGAUACUUCUGCAAUUCCUUAUCAUAAAUGCUGUAAAGAUCUUUAUUUGCGAGACAUUAAUAAAAAAGAAGAAAGUGAUUUUAUAAAGAAACGCAAGGCUUCGAAUACAGCUUAUGAAUUGCUGUGUGAAAUGAUAGAAGAAUUGGUUGUUGAAAAAAAUGAAUGCCUUUUUUUUGAUCACGUAAAAAAAGAAUACCACAAACUAUUAGUUGAACAAUACAAGUUGUUAUCGGAUUCUAUUAGCAGCAGUUCAUUUUCCGAUCGCCACUUAGAAAGUAAGAUCAUGGGUACUUUUUCGAAAACGAUCAAAAUUAUUUAUGCUGAAAAAAAGAAGUUUCUUGCUCCGAUUUCAGCUGAUAUUGUGGCAUAUAGUGAUUUAUUUAGAAGCAUGGCAAUGAAGGAGACAAUUCGUUCGGUUGCAGCACAACUCCGAGAGGAAAUUAAAAAUUGUACGACAACAAAAUUGCCUGAUGAUUGUACUGCUGAAGAUUUAAUUAAAGGUGAAUUAGAUUAUGUGCCAGAACUUUUAACCUGCUUCUUGGAAACAUUUGUUAUUGGCGAUGUUUCGCAUCUAUCGAGGGAAAAACGUAAAAUAAGGAAAACAAAUAACGAUCUAGCAAUUUUUUCUAUUGGACAAGAUAUGAUCUACGCUGCUUCAAACCAUAAAAUCAAAACUUCCAAACAUAUAAGUUUAGGUUUAGCAGUCAAAAGCUUGUGUAAUAGCAAAAAAAUAAUCAACUUGUUAUCUAAAUAUGGGCACUGUUGUUCGUAUACUACUUUGGAAGAAUUAGAGACCGAAUUAACUUUUUCUACGGCUAACAGUACCUUCGUGUGCCCUGAAGAUAUCUUACGUCGUCCGGACUUAAAUACGGCAGUUGCCUUCGAUAACUUUGAUCGCUUCGUCGAAACACUAAAUGGAAAAGAUACUCUUCACGAUACAGUGGGGAUAAUUUUUCAAAACGUUGCUCCAAAUGCAGAUACAAUGCCUUCAAUAUCUUCAGCUGCCAAUGAAGUUGAAAAUCUAGCUUCUAAUCAAACUGUAUGCAGCAAUACAUCAGAAUCUACGCUUCUAACACCGAGAAACCGGAAACGCCGAGCCUUUGAAGAAAUAACUUUUGAGAUGCGCCCAUUUACAAAAAUAUUAAAAAUAGCAACUUGGAAUGAGCUUGACAUUUCCGCGCUUAACAAAGAUCCUGCAAAUUUAAUUACAGCUAAACAAUUAGAUAUUAUGUGGAUGUUGUCGCAUAAGCUCAAUGUAUAUGGUACUCCAAUGUGGGUUGGGUAUAAUAGUAAAAUUUACAUUGAUAAUUCACCUGUCCAAAAAAUUUCGUAUUUGACUCCCAUAAACGAGUCUCCCACUAAUCAUUCGACAGUUUUGAAAACUUUAGAAUUGUGCCAAGAAGUUGCAAAGGAAUGUAACGCUCCAUACAUUCAGGUUACAUAUGAUUUAGCUAUAGCUCGCACGAGUUAUUGCAUACAAUCUCAAGAAUCUCCAAAAUUUGAUAACAUUUUUAUUCACAUGGGGGCUUAUCACAUCGAAAUGGCUUUUUUCAAAGCAGUUGGCACUUUUAUUGAAGAAUGCGGACUCACUAAUAUAAUGACGGAAUCAGAUCUAAUUGCUGAAGGAUCAGUUUCAGGUUUUAUUACUGGGAAAAAUUAUAAUAGAUGUAAAAGAUUACAUUCUAUUAUGGCGUUAUCAUUGCAGCAAUUUCACUUUCAGUCUUUUUUGGAAAACACGAAUUUGACUAUCGAAGAUUGUGUAAUUGAAUGUCUCACUGAUUUCUCGCAGCUUCAAGAUAGCUCGCCUCAAAUACAGCAUCCAGAUACACAAAAUCUACUCCAAUUAUAUGAUCAAUAUACAGCAGAAACUUUACGAGGCAAGCACGGUAAAACGGCACAAUUUUAUGCUAUGUACAUUGAUUUUAUAAAUCUUUACCAUUUAUUUAUCAGAAGUAUAAAAGUUGGAGAUUUAGAUGCAUACAUUUAUGUUCUUGGAAAAAUCGUCUGUUUGUUUUUCUACUUCAAUCAACAAAAUUACAGCCGGUGGCUAGUGUUUUAUUUAAAUCAACUUCAACACAUUAGCAAUACACAUCCAGGUCUUCGAGAGGAAAUUGCUAAAGGCUCGUUUGGUAUUAGGAGAACCCAAAAACCCUUUUCGCGGAUCCCAGUUGACUUAACGUUAGAGCAAACAAUUAAUGGUGAAGCAGCACGUCGGCUCACGGGAAUCGUGAACCUGACGAGCUCUAUUUCUGCCAGACAACGUUGGGCACGAAAUCAUGGAGCUCGAACUCGAAUUAUUUCACACGUUUUAAAUCGUGCAGGGAUGAGUAACAAUAGUGAAGACGUCGCCGCAGACUUACAUCCAGAUAGACUCAAGGAGCAUCAAAAGCAAAUUAAAGCUUUCAUGCAUAGCAUUGAGCAGAUCACCAAUCCCUUCACUUCCUCCAUAGACAAAGAUAAUCUAUAUAAUAUUUCUACAGGACAGGCUACUAGCCAAGAAGUUGCUAAUUGCUUGCUAAGCACUGUUUCAUCUGGGAUGUCUCUCCGCGAUCAGUUUAUAACGGAAUGUAAUAUGAAUCCGGAUAGAUUUCACAAAUCUCUGAAGAAAAAUCCAAUACUUACUUUUGCAAGUGUAAAGAAGAAAAAGGUUAUGAAGAUUGGAGAAAAAGUUCAUGAGGUCACACUUCAGCGGGAUUUAUUCGGUAGAUUAUUAGGUCUAUCUCUGGUUGCAAACUUAGAUCUUGGAAAAGUAUUGUGUUUUCCAAUAACACCAGUCCCGUUAUCACUAUGCCAUAUAGAUGGUUCUUUUAAUAAAACUGCAAAAUCAGUACUGGUUCAAGAACUAGAAAUGAGAAUUGAAGAAAUGGAACAACCACCACCCCAGGUAGACUGUGGAAUCGUAGAUGGCUUCUUCUUCUUAAAUACUUUUAAACAAAUGCCGCGCAAUUUCGGUGAUUUAUCAAAGAAAAUUUUGCAAACUCUUGUAAAAACUCCAGCAGAUAGUAUAGCCAUUAUAUUUGAUCGUUACUUCACACCUUCGAUAAAAGAUUGUGAACAUGCUCUUCGACGCAAUAUAGAUGACAAAGAUUUUCAUAUUGCCGGUCCUCAACAAAGCAGAACCUCUGACUUCUCCAAAGAUUUAAAAAAUAUAAAGUUUAAAGAAGCAUUAGUGAAAUUUCUUAUCGAACAUUGGGCUAAACAGGAGAUGAAAUCAAUUAUUGGUAAUAAGAAAAUAUUUCUAAUUCAUGAUUUAUGUUACGUGUACUCUGUUAUCGAUAACGAAUUAUCGCGAAUUAUUGAUCAUGAACUGUCAUGUCCCGAUCAUGAAGAAGCGGAUACAAAAGCUGUAUUUUUUGCUUGUCAAAUGGAAGAAGAGUCUACUGUCACCAUCAGAACCUCUGAUACAGAUAUCGUGGUUAUUAUGUUAGCCAACAUGGAACAUAUGAAAUCGUCUGUAAAAGUCUGGAUUGAUCUCGGAGUAGGGAAUGCACGCCGAUAUAUCGACAUUUCUGCUCUUUUUACGAAAUUGGGCCCACUUGUAUCAAAAGCACUACCAGCUCUGCAUGCUCUAACGGGAUGUGAUUACAACCCAGCUUUGUACAGGCGAGGUAAAAAAAGGCCUCUACAGAUUCUAAUGGGAUCUGUAGAUAUACAAGAAGUAUUUGCAAACUUGGGCUCUGAAGCAUAUAAUAUUGAGGCAUUAUCUUCCACCGUGGAAUCGUUCAUCUGCCAUUUGUACGGGUUUAAAAAACUAGCUGACGUUAAUAUUGCUAGGAUUGAAAUAUUUAAUAAAACGUACAAAGUAAAUGAUACGUCUCAACCCUUUUCACUGAAUGUGCGUAAUUACGAUGCUUGUAAUUUGCCACCAUGUCGAUCGGAGCUGCAACAACAUUUAUUGCGAACGAAAUAUAUUGCUUGUUUGUGGAGGAACGCUCACAAUCGUAUUCCUACGGAAAUGUCACCACUAGAAUACGGAUGGAGAAAUGUGGAUGGAAAAUUGGAGCCAACUUGGUUCCUAGGAAACCAACUUCCUGAAGCGUACGAAGACAUCGUCAUAACACCUGACAUUUUAGGAGAUACUUUAGAUUCAGUUAUAGAAUCACGAGAUGACGAGGACGUCCAGGAAGUUGAAGUGGAAACAAACUUCAAAGAUGAGUCUAGUGGAGAUGAAGACUAAAAUAUGUAUUUUAAAUUUUAAUGAUCUGUAAUUUAUUAUAAAUUGUAAUGAUCUAUAUUUAAUUUUUUAUUAAUAAAUUAUCCAAUUUCUGUACGUAAAUGCGGAGAUAUUAUUUCUAAAUUUCCUUCAAAAUGGUCAGACUAGCGAUAUCCCUCUAUAUAAUUGUCAGAUUAUUAUUCAGGAGAACUAUGACAUCAACUUGACCCUCCUGCAUAAAAAUCUGACGCGCUGGAGUAUCUCAAGAUCACCUUUUUUUUUACAUAUAUAAAAAUAUAUUAUGAGUUUGUGUCAUGUCCAAAUCGUCAGAUAUUUUAAUAGGACACUUUUUAAGCUUUAGUUGACAUACACUUUGAAUGUCUGACACGCUCGAAUAACUUUUU